AUGCCCACCCGGCACCUGUUGGUAAACCUGAACUCAUCCUCCGUGUUCUUCUGGGUGGAGCACUUCUUUUGUGCAUUCUUCUUCCUGGAGUUGAUCCUCCGCUUCCUUGCAUUGAAGCUCAAGUCAUACUGCUUCAAGGACAUGUGGCUCGUUUUUGACUCUUUCCUGGUGAUGGCCAUGGUCUUGCAGACUUGGCUGGUACCCUUGUUUCAGCUGCUUGUUCACCACGAGUCGCCAGCCGGCUUGCCAGCUGAUGCAAGUGUUUUGCGAAUCGCCCGGCUCUUGCGCCUCACACGACUGUUGCGCAUGGCCAGGUUGCUGCGCUUCAUGCCGGAGCUGUUUAUCUUGGUGAAGGCGAUUGUGGCAGCAAUGCGCUCUGUCGUGUUCACGCUGGCGCUGCUGAUACUGCUGCUGUAUGCUUUCUCCAUUGCCUUCACACAGUCGCUGAAGGGGACCGAGUGCGGCAAAACAUAUUUCGACACCGUCCUCUUCUCCAUGCAGAGUUUCUUCAUCUUCGGCACCCUGUUGGACGAAGUGUGGGACCUCGUAUCUGCAAUGGUCAGCGAACAGCUGUGGCUUGCGCUGGUCGGCCUGUACGUCUUCAUCAUCUUCUCCUCCAUCACUAUCAUGAACAUGCU